AUGGCGAGUGCCAGGGCACCCAACCCGGGAUUGUUUUUCACUUGUGUUUCAUCUCAUAAUGUACCAUGCCCUCCAACUCCAAAGAGUAAGCCAGUGACUCCAUCCCCAACAAAAGCCCCAGCUAAGUGCCCUAAAGAUACACUAAAAUUUGGUGUGUGUGGAGAUUGGCUAGGGCUGAUUCAUGAGGUAAUUGGGGCAAAACCAAGUAGUCAAUGUUGUGCUCUUUUGGAAGGGAUAGCAGAUGUUGAAGCUGCUUUGUGCUUAUGCACUGCCAUUAAGGUCAAUGCUUUGGGGGCCCUUAACCUCAAAAUUCCCAUUGCCAUCAGUUUGGUUCUUAAUUCUUGUGGAAAGAAAGUGCCUAAAGGCUUUAAAUGUGCUUGA